CAUUGCAACGGAUCGCAGGUCACGGACGCUUGGAUUAACGGUACUGUAGCCCUUAGUGUCAUCUGUGUGUGAGAGUGCGUGAGAGUGUGACCGGUCAACAAAAAAAUUUAUCAACAAAGGAAAUAAACCCCACAAAACCCCCAAAAACCGCCACUCGUGCAUGAGUGGUUCGAAAAGUGCAUAAGUGUAGCAGUUGGAAUUUUGAAAAAUCUCUCCCGAUAUGAUUUCAAACGAAAUAUGAUCGAAAGCAGCUGAUAAACAGCGGGAAAACAGCAGUAAACCAAAACCAAGUGAUCGAGAGAAAGGUGCAUAACCGAAUUGGUAACUUGAAAAGGGAGAAAAAUCAGAGGCUUUCUAAAAAGUCAAAAAAAGUAAAUAUCAGAAGGAGCAGGAAGCCAUUCGAACACAAAUCCGACAACAAUCAACAUGUUUGGCCAACUCAAUUUGCUGGCCGCUCUGUUUUUCAUCGGCACGCUGCAAGAUUUCCGCGUUGCUGGGCUGAGACUGACCGAGGUUCGCAUUCCGAUGUACGUGAUUAAGGGCACCGCGGCGCAGCUGGAGUGCCUCUACGAUCUGGAUGGCGAGGCCCUCUACUCCGUGAAAUGGUACAAGGAUGGCAACGAGUUCUACCGCUAUGUGCCGAGGGACAUGCCGCCUGCCCAGACGUUCCUGCUGCCUGGUGUGAACGUCGAUUUGCACAACUCGAGCGACGCGAUUGUUACGCUGCGCAACGUCAAUCUGCAGUCGGCGGGCCGCUUCCGGUGCGAAGUUUCUGGCGAGGCACCCUCCUUCCAAACGGUCACCGAGCACGGCGACAUGAUUGUUGCAUAUCUUCCGGAUGAGGGAUCACCGAAAAUCAGUGGUGGACGGCCGCGGUACCAGAUCGGAGACUACGUUCGGGUCAACUGCACCGCAGGACGAUCCAAGCCCGCUGUGAAGCUAUCCUGGCAAGUGAAUGGAGAGCCCGUUGAGCUGCAGAAACUCCGCAAGUACGACACCAUUGUAUCGGGACGAGAUGGUCUGGAAACCUCCGUGCUGGGCCUGCAAUUCCGGGUGGAGCAGAAGCAUUUUCGCAAGGGCAACAUGAAACUUAAGUGCAUAGCCGAGUUGUCGACCGUGUACUGGAGGUGCAACGAGGAGUCCGUCGAGGGCGACCGGCCGCAGAAGGCGCCCGUGCUCGAGUCCCGGGAAACGGUCUACGCCAGCAACUCGCGCGCCGAUCCCGUGCAAGGUACGUCUUACCGGGAAUUAUUUGUGACCAAAAUCUUAUCGCUCUUGUUCGUCCAACCAAAUGCAGCCAGUUCCACGGCUCCAGCGCCCUCCACACCAACCACGCCCCUCGUCCUCCUUCCGGUGGCGCUGGCGGUGCUGGUGAUGGCAACACUGGCGCAGGGAAUCGCGAGAGAUAUAGAUACAGAUAAAGUAUCCACGGAUCGGACAGCGCCUGGAGGGAUUGGGAUGGCGAAAGGAGCUCAGCAGGCGAGAGAGUUGCUGGCUGGCCGCGAGGAGAAAAUUCGCAGGACGAGUCACGGAAAAUCCGCAACGCAGCUGGAGAAAAUGGCGUUGGCUGCACGGUAGCUGCAUUAAGCCAGUAAUCGGCUAUUUCCCUCCACAACACACACUUUUCACCGAUUUUUCCGUCUUCGCUUUGCAUAGAAAAUAAUGAAACUCAUUGAGAAUCAAAAACAGGAAAUUACAAAAAAAAAAUCAAAGAAAAUCAAGCAAAACGAAAGAAACGCAGCUAAUUUCUUUAUGCCGUUAACAAAAGCUUUUAUGAAUUUAAUUUGAAACAUACCCUAUCUAGAGAAUAAAUUACAUUUACUUGUCUGAGAAUGAGAAUGAGAAAAAUUGUAUGUGAAAGAGCGUGCUAAUGGAUUAACUCUCUAAGGAAAUGUUAAAACCUGUGUCGAAAUGUGUCGAAAAAUGCAAAUGUAAAUAGUUAAUGUUUAAUAUAUAUAUUUAUGUAACUGUAUUGUAUGUUAUUUCGGUUAGGCUCAUUCAUACACAAAACAGAAUUUAAAUAUCACACGAAUAGAACAGAGGGAAGGUGAAUGGAAAAUCCUUCAACAAAAGUUGGUCAAGGCAAAAUACGAGUUUAACAGAACAGAAAAAAAGAGUAAUUAUAAAUAAAUAUUUAAGAAAAAGUAUUGGUAAGAUUGUUUUAGCUAAGAGGAGACGAAGGGGAAUUUUAAGCAAACACGUGGUUAAUAUUUUGUGAAAUAUACAGUGCGUAAUGAAAGUAUGUGAACUUCAUUAGGCAUGUCUCAAUAUUACGGAAAAUAGGCUUUCUUUAGUGCCGAAAAAUAAAUUGUUAAUAUAAACUUACAAAUUAUGUACGAAUUAAAUUCAACUUUUUUUAUCAGUCCACAUUGUAUGCGUAUAAUAAAAUUAAUUUCAACUCGCUAUACUUUCGUUAGGUACUGUAUAACUGUCACUCGAAUUCAACCAGAACAACUAAAAUGUCUUCUUUGAUUAGAUGAUUUGUCUAUAAAACUUCGUUGUUCGUUGAGCAUGCAUUAAACAAUGUAAAAUUGUAAUUAGAUAAACGUAACGAAUGCUAACGAUAAGAAAUCACAUUAAACAAACCAAAAAGCACUUAAUUUUAAAUUAAACAAAAAAAUUGAGGAACAGAGAGAAAAACUAAUCAAAGUUAGGAAUUACAACUUGGUGACUGUUGGAAAAGUCUUAAAACUAACAAAAACAUAUCGUACAUUUAUAUGAAUUGCCAAAGUCUUAAUGGGUAUUAACUAAAACGCGUGCGUGCUUCUGUGUGUGUUUGAUCCUUUUUGAAAAAAAAAACUAAUAACAUUCCGGGUUCGACUUGGCCAUCAUCAAGAGGAAAUGUAAACCGUUUAGUUAGCCAAAUGUUAAAAACAAUAGCAAGAGUCAAAGGAGCAUGAGUAAUGAACACAAAUUUAAACAAUAGCAAAAUGAUUGUGAUGAAGCCUUAAAAACAUAGUUGAACUCAAUUCGUAUGUGAAAUUAAGUGAAAUGAAACGAAAUCAAAUGAAAUGAAAUGAAAUGAAAUGUAUUGGAUUUUAUUGUGUAAAUAUAAAGGCGAUUUGUCCAUGGAUUCCAUAGUUUUUUGCCCUUUGAUGUCCAUAAAUUCUGUGUGUAAAUAUGAUUAUGAGCUAACUAAAUUAGAGUUAAGACGUCACCAGCAGCAAACAAAAUCAUGGAACGAAACAAAACAAAAGCCAGAGCCAAUUUUAAUUAUAAGCGAAAACCUAGAGAAAAAAUUUAUAAAUUACACAUUUAAAUACCGAUGAGCGAACAUUCAAAUGGUAAUUGAGUACAAUUGUGGGGCCUGAAUUGGUGAAUGUGUGUGCGAAUGGGAAUUAAAAUAUAGAUAUAGUAUACAUUAAACACACAUAUACAAAAUCUGCAUUGUUGUCAACUGUAACUGAUUUUUAAAUCUUAUUUAAUAUCGAUGCCAUUAAUAGCAAUUAACAAGAAAACUACUAAGCAUAAAAAAGAUGAAAACAAUGCAAAAGUACUAAAAAAAACUAUAAAUUGCAUUAACGUUGAUUCGAAAAAUAAAAAAAUAAAUGUGUGGUAAUUGUAAGUGUAAAUUAUUUGUGUAUUUAAAUAACAACUUUUAGAUGUAUUAAAAGGCAAGAAAAUAAAAGCAAAAUGCAUUCAACUCUAUACGAUAAACUCUAUGUGAAACCGUAAACAAUUCAACCUUAAAGCUGCCAUGUAAGCAAAUAGGAAUUAUUUACAACUCAACUCAAAUCAAAUGCCAUAAAGUAACUUCAACUGAAUUUAAACGCCAGACAAGGGCAGACGUCUCUGUAAAUAUCUUUAAGCCUCAUUCAACUUGCGAUAAUUACUCGCAGGCGAUCAAAAACUGAACGAAGAAUUGUGAAG